CAAAAGGACCACUCCAGAAAGUUUUAGAGAAAUUUUAAGAACGCCAUCAACUCAUUCAAAAGGCUCAAGUGCCGUAUAGGUGCAGCACCUGUGGUGGAUCAUGGGCGACCUUCUGUUUGACGACCCUCAAUCCAACGCCCUGAGGAUUGUCCUCGUGGGCAAAACCGGAAGUGGUAAAAGUGCCACAGCCAACACCAUUCUCGGGGAAGACAAAUUUCUUUCAAGGCUGUCUGCCCACUCUAUAACCCCCAAAUGCCAGAAAGCGUUCCGGGAAUGGAAGGGGAGAAACAUCCUCGUCGUGGACACCCCGGGGCUCUUUGACACCAAGGAGAAGCUGGACAACACCUGCAAGGAGAUCAGCAGGUGCGUCCUCUUCUCCUCCCCGGGCCCUCACGCCAUCAUCCUGGUGUUGCAGCUGAACCGCUACACUGAGGAAGAGCAGAAAGUCUUUGCCAUGGUCAAGGCUCUCUUUGGGGAGUCGGUCACCAGACACAUGAUCGUCGUGUUCACGCGCAAAGAAGACUUGGGGGACAGAAGCCUACAUGACUUCAUAGCACACAGCGACGUGAGCCUAAAAAACAUGGUCAGGGAGUGUGGGAGCCGCUGCUGUGCCUUCAGCAACAGAGCAGGGAAGGAUGAGAAGGAAGCUCAGGUGCAGGAGCUGAUGCAGCUGGUAGAGAAAAUGAUCCUCAACAACGCCCGCUUCACUGAUAACAUCUACGAGGAUGUAGAGGAAAGGCUGAAUCAGAAGGCUGAGGCCUUGAUCAAAAUUUUUGAUAGUCAAUUGAAAAAGGAAAUUCAACUAGUAGAAGAGGAAUAUGUCACUAAGACACCAGGAGAAAAGGAGCAAAAAAUAAAAUUGCUCAAAGAGCAACAUGCUGCCCGAAUAAGUAAUAUAAGGGAAGAAGCUGAAGAGAACGUAUUUGCUGAUGUUUUCAAGACGAUUAGUAACAUCUUUUCCAAAUUAAUGGCUUUUUUUCAGAAGUAA